CAGUAUAAGGAGGCUGAAGAUGACAAGGAGAUGGCAUGAAAUGUUUCAGAAGAGCCCUUGAGCCAGAGGAGGGAGGCGGACGAGGAGGAAGCCUACACACACAUACACACAGCCUGCCGGGCGGUGCCACAGCCGCUCACACAGGAGAGGGAGGAGGAGCGCCCAUCACACACACACACAUACACACUCCUCCUCACUCAUAUGUGUAUCAUCCUCCUCUACAUGGAGCACCACUAGAGCCCCCACUUCCUGCUUCACCAUCCUUCUACAGGAGCAGGCCUUUAAGAUGCUAUUGUAUGUAUGUCGCUGCACAGGUUAUGUGGCCAGUAAAUUCAGCCAGGUCAUGUAAAAGCAAGUAAUACGUGGCCCAAAACAAUUUGCUGCAAAGAUGGAGGAACUCUAUAAGGAAACACCAGAACUACAGGUUGACUUGAAUAGCACUCCUUCCUCUAUCCCAAACAAACUUGAGAAUGGGGUUGCCCAGCUUAUUACUGCAGAAGCUUGGAAUAUUAACCCAUCUGGUCUUAUCAAAAAAGCGCUUUCUCCUCUAGUAACUGUUCCAGCAGCCCCUGUUCUUGGCCCCUCUUCCGAUUCCCAGAGUGGAGUAGCACUAAAAGUGGCUGCAACUGUACUUCAGCCGAUUUGUCUUGGAGAAAGCCCUGUUGUGCUUCCAAUACACUGGCAAGUUGCAGGUAGCACACCACCUCAAAUAGGUACUAGCAACAGCAGCCCACCAUAUGUUAUCACCACACAAGGGCCUGUCCCAUUGCCUGUGCUUUUGGAGCAACACGUUUUUCAGCACUUGAACUCUCCUCUGGUAUUGCCACAAGGAUCGUCAUGUCCUGGCGCUACAUUUCAAAACCAUCUUUUUCCUGGAACUGCUGCUACAGUUGGUCAACCCCAAAUCCUUGAUGAAAAGACUUCUAGUCCAGUGCAAGAAACAGUUCUGCCACCUGUUUUUCAAAAUCCAGGUUUUUCAGCUGUGCUGCAAGAUUUCUUUCCGUCACCAAACAAUCUAGGCACACCUUCCCCGUGUCAUAUAUCUUCAGAUUAUGCCUCUACCAAUGUCCACACUGUUCCACCGCAAGCCUUUAGCUCGUCUUUAUCACCACUAGUUCCUCCUGCCACUCUCCUGGUACCGUAUCCAGUUAUAGUCCCUUUGCCAGUGCCAAUACCUUUACCAAUCCCAAUCCCCAUACCAGUGCCACACCCUGAAUGUCCAGAGAAUGCAAACCAUCAAAAAACAACAGUUGAAAUCCCAAAGAGUUGCAAAAGCACACAGACCCCAAUGGAAAAAGAAGACAUUAAACCUUUUGAAUCCACAGGAAAGCCAGAACUUGCACAAUUUCAUCGGCACUCUGUCAUCAAAAUGAACAAUGAAAACGAAGCGCUGGAUCUUUCGUUAAAAACUGAAACACUGGUGAAAAGCAAUGAUGUGAUUAGUACGAAUAACCAAGCGAUGGAGGAAGAAGGCGUUUUAGACCUUUCAUUCCCAGUUUACAAAAGAUGUGUUAAUACUACAAGUACUCAGAAUGGAACUUCUGUGUCGUAUGGGCAACUUGGUGACUCUUCAAGCACUUCCACUGGUAAAAAAAAAUCUACCCCUACAACACUGAAUCCAAGCCUUGUGCAUCAUGAGCUGACGCAGAAAGAUACACGCGUCAUCUGCACUAAUUCUAGUGAACUUAUAAGACAGCAGAAAUGGUCUUCUGAACAAAGCAACAGAGGUAGCUAUGAGCCAAAAUCCACCAACAACAUAGAACUUGUGAGUAGCUCCCAAAAAGCAAAAGUAAUUGUUUCUGUAAAAGAUGCUGUGCCGGCCAUAUUCUGUGGCAAAAUCAAAGGGCUUUCUGGUGUGUCUACAAAAAACUUUUCUUUUAAGAAAGAUUUACCACAAGACUCUACUGUGCAGGGCUAUGAUGGGAAGACUCAGGCAGAAGUAAAGGAGAAUGCUGAUGCAUUAAGGAAACCAGUAAAGAACAGAAGUGUUAAAUUAAAGAAAGUGAAUUCACAAGAAAUGCACAUACUCCCAAUCAAAAAGCAGAGACUAGCUGCUUUCUUUCCAAGGAAAUAGGAUCUGCCUCAUUGGAGAAGUUAAAGCCAAUUAGAAGGAGGCGUCCAUUUGUUGGGUUUGACUGGAAGGUGAUAUUGAAAUAUCACACCCGUGUCCUGAUUCACUGGCCCUGCAUUCUACAGCCCUGCACAGGGCACCUUGCGAUCUAGCGGUAGAUCAAAGAACUGCUGUGUGUGGGGCUGUAGCAGACAGAAACUGGAUUAAGCGACUCUACUCCUAGGAAAAUAUUACUUCAAAACAACUUUU